GGCCAAAGCGUGUUUGAGGUUGCAUGGCAACCGCUACAAAAAACAACGGUCGUCACGUUUUGAGAGCCACACAAGUACUAAUUAGUUAGCGACGUUGCCCUUCAUUUUCGGUUUGGACUCGCCUCGUCCUUUUAGAGGACAACACCUGUGUGGAUAUGUUGAAGAACAAGACGGAGCUAAAAACACAAGGCUUCACGGUGAAGGCCACUAUGAGGAACUCCGUGGUGGUGGGUCCUCCAGCUGCAGGGGCUUUUCGGGAACGCCCCUCUAAACCAACCACGUUUCGCAAGUUCUAUGAGCGCGGAGAGUUUCCGAUGGCACUGGAGCAUGACACCAAAGGCAACCGCAUUGCAUGGAAGGUGGAGAUCGAGAAGCUGGACUACCAUCAUUACCUGCCUCUGUUCUUUGACGGCUUAUGUGAGACUGUUCAUCCGUACGAGUUCUUCGCCCGCCAGGGAGUCCAUGACAUGCUGGAGCACGGAGGCCCCAAGAUCCAGCCCGUCAUUCCCCAGCUUAUCAUUCCCAUCAAGAAUGCCCUGAACACAAGGAACCGCCAGGUGAUCUGCACCACCCUCAAAGUCCUGCAGCAUCUGGUGAUGUCUGGAGAUAUGGUGGGAGAAGCGCUGGUGCCCUACUACAGACAGAUCCUCCCCAUCCUCAACAUCUUCAAGAACAUGAACAUCAACUCUGGAGAUGGCAUUGACUACAGCCAGCAGAAGAGAGAGAACAUUGGGGACCUGAUCCAGGAGACUCUGGAGGUGUUCGAGCGCUACGGAGGAGAGGACGCCUUCAUAAACAUCAAAUACAUGGUGCCCACCUAUGAGUCCUGCAUGAUCAGCUGAGGGGGGAUGGGGGUGGGGGGGCUGUCACCUUGACAUUGCACAGACUCUUGAAUUGACUCCUCUUUAAUCUGCCCCUUCACCUCUAAAUUUAACCCUUAUCUUAUCUCUUUCUUAUCCCUAACCCUCCCCUAAUCUCAACCUCACUCCAUUUGUUCUCUUUUAGUUUCUGAACCCAUCCCAACAUUUCUAAGAUCCAACAAAGCAGAGCACAGGAAGUGCUCAAACUCAAGCUCAAAUCCUCUCUGCCUCCCCUCCUCUUUAGAAUAUCUUUUUAAAAACCCCUAUUAAAUUCAUAGCAGCGAGUCGAGAAGUAUUUUCGGUCUGUCUGUAUGUAUUAAAAUAUACCAAUAUGUUAAAUAUAUUA